AUGGAAGCUGCUGAGAAACGCUUCAUAUUCGUGCUUGGAGCAGGCAAGGGAUCUCUCUGCAAGAAGCUUGCAAACAAAUACGGCUUCACGCACCUCUCCAUUGGCGACGUCUUACGAGGAGUUGUUGCAAUGCCCGAAGCAGACGAGACGGUGGUUGAAUAUGUCAGGCGUGGAGAUCUUCUGCCCACCGAGUUGCUCUUUGAUGUUCUGAGGCCUCAUGUCAAUGCGGGCGGCACAAUCAUCUUGGACGGCUUCCCUCGGCGUCUUGAUCAAGCUGAAGCAUUUGAAAGAGAGGUAACGCUUUUCCAGGCUCCGUUGCUCGUUUUGUUCUUUGACUGCCCUCGGGCUUUAGCUGAAGGACGCGUCAUAAACAGGAAGCAAGGUCGCGAAGGCGACAAUAUCGAGACUUUCAAGAAGCGAUAUGACGAGUUCCAGAACCUGAACCCCCCUCUUCUUGAGCGUUUUGAGGAACAAGGCAAGCUCAUUACGGUCAGUCACCAGCAUGUCGCCGCAUAA